CUCUGUCUGUCAUCCUCUCUCACUCACACAGACACAUAGCCCUCUGAGAGCGAAUGGAUGAGCGCAAGAAAGCACUGACCAGAGAGAAGGAGAAAAAGAAAGAGAGCGUGCGAGUGAGACAAUCCAGCGCUCACACUUUUAGCUCAUACUGAGACUAGACAAACCGCAGAUCAACCGCUCUCCAGCUGUAUGUGGAAGCGCUCCUAAGCUCUGCUCUACCAUUCACUUUACUCUGGGACCUUUUUUAAUUAUUUUUUGUGGGUGUGUUAUUAAUUGGGAUAUUUUGUAUGACAUGUUGCCUUCUUUUCUGAGAGAAUCCUCACUUUCAUUUCGGAGUGCUGCUCUUUUUUUUUGGCUUUUGGCACAGUCCUUGAGGAAUGAUUGAGCAGGGAGGAUAGCCUGUACGCGUGGGACCCCUGAAAAAAAAAAAACAAAAACAAAAAAAGUGUCUGAAGGGACAAAGCUGACUGAGUGGCCCCAGCACAAAGGAGAAGGAAGUAAAAGAAAUCAAAAGUACUUUCUUGUGUUUCGCAAUGGAUCUCCCUCCAUUCAGAGGUUUAUCUGAUGUACCCUGAUAGGCGUGAGCCUUAUAUCCAAGUCUCUCCCUUGGUGGCCGUAGUGACAUUAUGGAUCCAGCACCUCCUCUCAGGAUGGACCGUGAUGGCUUGGACCUCCAGCAGGUUUCUGUGUUGUCCAUAGACCAGAUCCGCUCAAUAAGGGCCAGCAAUGACUAUGUGGAACGGCCAGUGGCUCUAGAGCCUGCCACUCAGGUGGGUGUCUUCUAUACUCACGAUGAGCGGCAUCCUCAGAUCCCUCGCAGUCAGAGUCAGCACCAACAUGUCCACCUGGCACACUUGAGCCGCUCUAGUACCAUCAGCUCCAUGUCCCGUGGAAGUGCUGCUUCUGACCAAAGACUUCUUUCAGGAUUAACCCCCUCUCAUUCUGGCCUGGCCACAGUUGUGCGCUCUCAGCCUAAGGGUGAUCUGAAACCAGACUCAUUAGGUAAAGGCUUGGCCGACGGAGAGGAUUUAGGCUUGCAUCUUUUCAUCUGCGAACGCUGUAGUCGCUGCAAAUGCCAGGAGUGUUGUGCCCCUCGCAGCCUGCCCUCCUGCUGGGCCUGUGGCCAGCGGUGCCUGUGCUCGGCUGAGAAUGCUGUGGAGUAUGGCACCUGUCUGUGUUGUGUAAAGGGCCUGUUUUACCACUGCUCUGCAGAUGACGAGGACAACUGUGCCGAUCGGCCCUGCUCCUGCGCCCCGGCUCAUGCCUGCACCCGUUGGGGCACCAUGACCCUCCUGGCUCUUUGCUUGCCCUGCUUAUGCUGCUAUCCUCCCGCCAAGCUGUGCCUCACCCUGUGCCAGCGAAGCUAUGACCGUGCCACCCGGCCCGGAUGCCGCUGCAGCAACACCAACACUGUGUGCCGCAAGAUCUCUGCCUCCAACCCCACGCCUUUCCGCAAGACCUUAGAGAAACCAGUAUGACACCGAGAUGCCCCAAUACCCACCACUGCAGCCCCCCAUUCUGCAUUCCCCUGAGGAGACACUUCUGAUCAGGAAGCAAUCAGAGAAUUCUGCUGAACUUGCUGACCUCUGCCCAACCAAUCAGGCCUUCCUGCAUCAAGUGCAAAAAAGAGAGCUUUGGUUAAUUUUUUUAAAUGCAAAACUUGUCUAUUUAUUUAUUUAUUUGAUUUUUCUGGGUAGAAUACUUGGUCCAAUGUGAUCCAUACACCACUUUUGCAGGGAGUUAGCUAUCAGAACAAAAUUUGGUGGUGUGUUGGGUUAAUGUAUCUUCUGAGCAUAGAAGUCCUGGUGGUCUAUGGGGAGUCAAGCUCCAUGUUAGAAAUCAUCCUCGGCAUCCAGAAUGGACAAACUAGUGGCUGACAUUUCAUCUUACACAGAACAGGGGCUCUAUCAGGGUUAGAAAAAACAGCCUAACCAAAAACAAUGACUAAAUGAAUCAAAACCACUUUGGACACCAAAAAGGGACCAUUAAAGGCAGAUGAAGCUCAUUGAGGAAGGAAGUGUGAGAGAUGGUCUUCAAAAGAAAGACAGUGGGAUAUGAAUAGUGGAUGUGUGUGAAAGAGAUGUAAGGUGUAUGCGCAUGUGUAUGCAGUCGCAGGCUUGUGUCUGCUGUCAGCAGAAGCCUUCCUUUUUAUUUUUAGAGAAGCUGCUCUGAAAGACAAAGUGUCUGGUCAGGUUUCCAGCCAAGGGCAGCCUGACGCCAGCCUCUCCCGAGUGCACUCGCGUCCUCACCAUUCCAUCCCCCCUCUCCUGCCUACUGCGCUUUCCGAUUUCCAGUAGCAGAAUUCUUGCCCUGUGCUAUCUCCAACUGUGCAAUGGGACCAAAUGCAAAUCAGUCAUCAUACAUUCCCAGAACAAAGCCUCAGUCAUGGAUGGUCCUCACCAAAGACUAUAAAACUCCUCUCUUGUUUUUCUGCUGCUUUCAGGGUGACGCAUUACGCAAGGCCUUAGCAAAGAACUCUCAGACAAAAUGGCCAGAAAAUGUCCAAGACCACUUAAGGUUGGAGUACAAAGGAGGAGCUUCAGAUCAUAGUUUAACCUCAGAACAGCAUCAGUGAAAGAGCUACCAAGGAUAACCUCUGUGGUCAUACAAUUAUAAGCACAGACUUAACCAAUUGGCUUCUAAGUCACUACAGUGUCACUGAGUGGCUUUGGGCACUUUGCAGGACAUGAGGACAUAGAAGAGCUUGAAACAUGCGACAGGAAGACAGAACUGCAUUGUGACAGGGGCUUGAUCACCUGGCCAGAAUGAAACAGAGCACCAUACUUGGGAACAAGGUGAAACAGAUGCACUGAUAAUCCAAAACUGGGAUAAAAAAAUGAAAUCAAAUCUGUUUCAAGCGUGUGUGUUCUCCCCCUUAUAUGCACACUGAUCCUUGUUAGAGUUCCUUUGCUAUAUUUUUGUAAGUACGUAGGAUUGUUAUUGUAUUUGUAUUUUUAUUCUAUUUGUUUUAAUCUGGUUAUUAUUAUUACCGUUAUUUUCUAUUACCAUCCAACAUUAACUUUAAAUCAGAGGCCUGACUAACACUUAAAACUAACCUUAAAGCUGGCUUUGUAUUGUGGGGGAGAGGUCCUUCGUGGUGAACAUUUGCUUUACAUUACAGUGCUGUGAUCGCCCUAUAAUGAUCUUAAUAAUUACUGUGUAAUUGGGUUGUAUUUUUUCACUGUUACAAAAUUGCAAACCCUUAGCACAUUUGCCUCUUUCAUGACCUUAAAUACAAUCCUCCGAGGCAAGUAAGGGUGGAACUACUAUUUAAGUGAAGAGCAACUGUGAUUAAAUUCGGCACUCAUUACACUGUAUUUAUCCAAGAAGGACGUGAUAGCAGCGUAACGUAAGAUCCUCUUUGGGGAUUUCACAUUGUAUGCUCAUUUUUGAGGUGCAGAGACUCAUUUAACAUAUAACACAAGUUAUUAUCCUCCUGAAAAUACCUGGUAUCUGUAUUCACCAAACGUCCAUGUGUUCAAGCAUAUUUACUCUUUGGCUUUUAUAAUAGUUACUGAUUCACAGUCAAAUAAUGCACCUUAAAAAUGUCACGCUCUGCUUGAUCUAAGAAGCCAGAGAGGAAAAAGUCGAAAUUACCCACAAUGUGAAACCGUGAUGAGGUACCUCUCCUCCAUGGUUAUAUCCCAACAAUCUCUCCAAGGAGGGGUCAUAUUGUAGGGAUGGGUGCAGUGUAUAGGUACAAGCAUUUUACAGGAAUGCCUAACUGGUGCUGACCGCAGCCUCUAAGUUAAUCACUAAAGGUUUCCCCAUAUUGUAUUCAUAAAUAUUGCUUUGGUACAAUUGGCAUCUUGUAAGUUGUGAAAGAAUUAAAGAAGAAUAUAUGGACAUAUAUAUAGAAAUCUAUACAAAUGAAUAUAUUAUAUAUAUAUAAAAUAUAUAUAUACAUUUUACACAUUUUCUUCUGUUGCCGACAAGUUAUCGAUUAAGUCACAGAUAUUUAUUUAAAUGGUUGCGAGGAAAGAUAAAUAUUUAUUUAUGGUGAAUGAUGCGAUGAAAUGACCCUUGUAAUGAUUUCAACUUUUUUGUUGGAGUGGCGUGGUGGGUGUGGCCUUAUGGCUGAGGACAACAAAUAAAAGGAGUUUUCAAAU